AUGGAUAAAAUUUAUCCUGCAUAUUAAGCCCCUCGCAUGUGUUGUGAAACUUCUACAUAACAUCAUUUUGAGCGAAUUGCGUCUCCAUGAAAAGCCGACACGGGACAACUAGUAAAAAUGACUUGAAGCUUUCACGGACAGGACGUUGAAUUUUGACCUUAUUCCGAUUCGGAAUUCAACAGCGGAGCUUUGUAUUGUAGCCAUUGCAUGCACACUGUGGGCCGUUAGUUCUAAGAACGUGUCUGACAUCUCGUUGCUUAAUCUCAGAGGGCUGAAACACACUCUGGCCAAGUCAUUGUGCCGAUAAUUGAACAUGCUGAGCUGAAGGAGUGUUCCAUCUUGCCUGCGACUCGCGCAAACCUGCUCUUCACUCUGUUCCAGCCGCGGUGUGUGUUUGUGUCAGCCACCAGCAGUAACGCCCGGUGAAAGAAGGACCUCUGUCUACGCCUCUCUGACGAUACCCCCUUCCCUCCUCCCUGCCCUCCCCCAGCUCUUCACCGAUUGACUCUGCCGGACGGCGCAGAGAUGUCCAAGGGACCGGGCAGGGGUCAGAACCCCCACGGACUCAAGCUGACCAGCUUGGACCAGAUUUGGGACGACCUGGAAGCGGGCAUUCAGCAUGUGUACUCCAAGCAUGCGAUGCUCAAGAAACGAUACAUGGAACUCUACACUCAUGUGUACAACUACUGCACAAAUGUUCACCAGCUACAGCAGUCUCGGAGCUCAUCGGCCAAGAACAAGAAAGGCUCCACCCAGGGCGGAGCACAGUUUGUGGGUCUUGAGCUCUACAAGCGGCUGAAGGACUUCCUCAAGACGUACCUAGUCGACCUGCUCAAGGAUGGCUCUGACCUGAUGGAUGAAAGCGUUCUGACCUUCUACACCAGAAAGUGGGAGGACUACCAGUUCUCCAGCAAGGUGCUGGACGGAGUGUGCGCUUACCUCAACCGACACUGGGUGCGGCGGGAGUGUGACGAGGGACGCAAGGGCAUCUAUGAGAUCUACUCGUUGGCUCUAGUGACAUGGAGAGAGCACUUAUUUCGACCACUCAACAAACAGGUCACAAAUGCUGUGUUGAAAUUGAUUGAGAGGGAGCGACAUGGUGAACCAAUCAACACAAGACUAGUCAGUGGGGUCAUACAGUGUUACGUUGAGCUUGGUCUGAACGAGGACGAGCAGGCGAUCCGGGGGCCCACGCUGAGCGUCUACAAGGAGUCCUUUGAGAGUCAAUUUCUGUCCGAGACGGAGUGCUUCUACAUGACAGAGAGCACCGACUUCCUGCAGCAGAAUCCUGUCACAGAAUACAUGAAGAAGGCCGAAUAUCGAUUGAUGGAGGAAAGACGGAGAGUCCAGGUCUACCUACAUGAGAGCACCCAUGAUGAGCUGGCUAAACGCUGCGAGCGGGUCCUAAUUGAGAAGCACCUGGACAUCUUCCAUGCUGAGUUCCAGAACCUACUAGAUGCGGACAAGAACGAAGACCUAGCGAGAAUGUACAGUCUGGUGUCCCGUGUCCCCAAUGGUCUGAAUGAGCUGAUGACACUACUAGAGCAGCAUAUCUACAACCAAGGCCUCUCAGCCAUUGAAAAAUGCGGCGACGCUGCAUUAUCGGACCCCAAAAUGUAUGUGCAGACAAUUCUUGAUGUGCACAGGAAAUACAAUGCCUUAGUGUUGACGUCGUUCACCAACGACUCUGGCUUUGUAGCCGCCCUUGAUAAGGCCUGUGGGCGGUUCAUUAACAGCAACGCCGUGACUAAGAUGGCCAACUCCUCCAGCAAGUCCCCCGAGCUGCUGGCCAAGUACUGCGACUCACUUCUCAAGAAGAGCUCCAAGAACCCCGAAGAGGCAGAGCUUGAAGACACUCUCAACCAAGUGAUGGUGGUGUUCAAAUACAUUGAUGACAAGGAUGUGUUUCAGAAGUUUUACUCCAAGAUGCUGGCCAAGCGACUGGUGCAUCACAACUCGGCCAGUGAUGAUGCGGAAGCCAGCAUGAUCUCCAAACUCAAGCAAGCUUGCGGCUUUGAGUACACCUCCAAGCUGCAGCGGAUGUUCCAGGACAUCGGCGUCAGUAAGGACCUGAAUGAACAGUUUAAGGCACACCUGUCCAGCAGCGAGCCCCUGGACAUUGACUUCAGCAUCCAGGUCCUGUGCUCGGGCUCCUGGCCGUUCCAGCAGGGCUGCACCUUCAACAUGCCCAGCGAGUUGGAGCGUAGCUUUCAGCGAUUCACCACGUUCUAUGCAAGUCAACAUAGCGGGAGGAAGCUCAUGUGGGUCUUCCAGAUGUCCAAAGGGGAGCUGGUCACAAACUGUUUCAAGAAUAGAUACACGCUACAGGCGUCGACGUUUCAGAUGGCCGUGUUGCUACAGUUCAACGUGUCCGAUGCGUACACGAUACAGCAACUACAGGAGAACACACAAAUUAAAAUGGACAUGCUUCUUCAGGUCGUUCAGAUUCUAGUCAAAUGUAAACUGUUGAUUCAACAGGAAUGUGAAGAAAGUGAAGAGGACCUCAAACCUUCAUCAGAACUCAGGCUGUUUACUGGAUAUAAAAAUAAGAAGUUGCGCGUCAACAUCAACGUUCCGAUGAAAGCAGAGCAGAGACAAGAGCAGGAAUCCACCCACAAGCACAUUGAGGAGGACCGGAAGUUACUCAUACAGGCUGCCAUUGUGAGAAUAAUGAAGAUGCGCAAAGCUUUGAGACACCAACAGCUUCUUGGAGAGGUCCUGAACCAGCUCUCCAGUCGGUUCAAGCCCAGAGUGCCUGUCAUCAAGAAAUGCAUCGACAUCCUAAUAGAGAAGGAAUACUUGGAAAGAGUGGACGGCGAGAAAGACAUGUACAGUUACCUAGCAUAGCUCUCCGAGUUAAUCCAACCCUAACCCCUUACCCUCACACCUGCGUUGCACCCUUCCACCAUAAAGGUACAGGACGUCCAACCUACCGUCAAUCACCUCCUUGGAGUUCUCUCAUUCUCCCGUUGUGAAUGAGAUGACUCUCGUUUACGGACGAACCGCAGAAUGAGUCCUUUCUAGGGCUGCUGUUGGCAAAGAGCCUCUUCUCUGAAGCCACGACCGGCAGAAUAGGCUGGUGAGAACGUUGCCACCUUAGUUUGUCUCUUAAUCCAUACGGUUGCUUGGAGUACCCUCGGUAGACUUUGAAACCUGACCUGUGAAAGAAUCGGGUAUAGCUUUCCCUCAACUGUCACUGUACACAGUUGGAAUACAUUCUUACAUCUGCCAUUAUUUGGGCAUUACUAGCAUACCUAUGCUCUGUCCCCCCCAAAAUCAGAACAGUUGCAGAAGUAUGCUGGUGCUAGUUCAGUCAAACCUAGGGUUUGUCCAUCUUGACCCAAACCCCCUAGGGUGUAUGUAAAAAUCAUAUUGAAAUCAGAGGAUUUGGGACUGUUAGGGGCUAUAUUGCCAAGCACAAUUGAUGUGCCGUCACGGAUAGUGGCAUGUUCACACAAAAGUUUGGUAAUGGGAUUCCACAGGGGGGCAUGCUAAAUCGAGUGCGCCUCGUUUCACUCCACACGUUCAUCCCCAGCAGGAGAGCGGUGAACCGCUAACGGGCUCUGGAACCCAAGCAAUUUUUUCCCCCUGCUUAAACGCAUCAGGAAUUUUCAUCUAGCCCGUUGGCACAUGAUUGGGUACUGCACCAUGAAAAUGCCUCAAGUGUGAAUAAUCAAGGCUGUUUAAUUGUUGUUACAUCUUCAUGGCUGUCACCUUACACCAUCUUCUGCUCAACAGAAGAGCCAUUCUUUACAGCUUUUGUGUGAAAAGGCCUUUUGUUUAGGAAAAAAAGAAAUUGUGUCCAAAUUGUUGCCAAUUUUCCCACUGUUGACCAGUUUGGAUGGACCACCUUGUGCAAUUCCAUGUAUUCCUCCCCAGGAUUACAGGGUACCAUGGCUAGCCAAAAUAAAGAAGUCGAUUCUUGGACAUGUGAUCAGUUGUGAUGUACUCCUACUCGCGGCAACAAACAACUGCUUGGUAAAGUUUGAUGACAAGGCACAGUCGGAAGUGAAAGGCCGCUUGCGUCGGUUAGCAUAGCCACUUUCUGGUGAUAUGCUGACAUGUUUUGGAAAUUUUGUUUUGACAGAUUGAGGAACCUCCAAAAAGGCAAACUGGCCGGAGAGGGAGGGAAGGGUUAUGGUUAGGAAGCCGAGGUGCAUGUUAGCACCCAGUGUCGCAAAACAUCUGCCCAUUUCUCUGACUGCUGCUUCAAGCUAGCAGAAUCAUUCAUGCCUUUGUGAAAACCGCUCUCAUUCUUUACAGUUAUCUUUUGUGAAUUUUUUGGCCUCCUAGUUGAUCAUUUGAGUAUUCAGACUUGCUUAAACCCCAUAAAAACAAGUCACGUCAUUGCAGGGUUCGGGAGAUCAGGUCACAGUGGUACACGUAUGUAAUGGAUCCUUGGCUGCGGCAUCAUACAUAUCCCUUAUGCCUCUCUGACCUGCCACCUAACGGCCGUGGCUCCUUCCUGUUUAGUUUGGUAAUGUCAUAAUCCACAACGAUGUCCGCAGAGCGUCUGAAUAGGACAUGGCUUGCAUCAAAGGUGGCAGACUGCUAAGGAUUGUGGGAUAUGUGAUGUAGAGAGGCCAUCAGGGAUCUGUGCAGAACAUUCUCUUGCUUGACACGCACUUACGCUGUAUCAGUUCAAACACUACAUUUUUCAGCCAAGCCAAGUCUGAUGGGAAAGCACCGGUGACCUGGUUCAGGCAUUUCUUGUGAAAUUUUCAGCCCAUCCUCCGUUGUUUUUUUUUUUCAGAAAUACACCGUUUUGAUUCAGACAGCUUGCUCGUUGUGGCAGUUUUUAUAUCACCACUGGUUUCGCUUGUGCCUUAUGCAAAUAUCAUUUACCUCUGAAACUCUACAGGGAAUUGUUUGUUUCAUUUAGCAUUGCUGUGAAGCCAAGUGUCUCUUGUUCGGGAAGGUGAAUGUCUAACUGAUUAUGAAGACGAUAUCAAAAGAUUGGCCGGUUAUUCCUUGCAGAAAAUCUAUCAUUUUCGCAAUAGAGAGCAAGAUAAUUUUUUCAAGUUUUCCCAGGAACAACUCAAAUGGAAUGCUAGGGCUGGAUUUUUUCCCCCAGAAACUUUUGCACUUAAUGUAUCCGUGGAGACUGACCAAUCACAGGUGCAGUUUGACUGACCAUUCACUGCGAGUAGUGUAUCUUGUGAUCUGUCAAAGCAUUUGAGUAGACUCCUGUUUUCAACCAAAGCAUUCACCUACACCCCUGUCCAAUGCAAGGCCAGGUAUCAUUGCAAAAUUUCACUUCAUAAAUUUCACUGUUGUGGUUUGAUUUAUUCGCUGGUGCUAUUUCUUACGUCAUUGUAUAAAAAAGUUACAUCGUUGGGCAAAAGAUAGCAUACUAUUCAGCGUUGCAUUCAAAGAUAACCAAACAAAACCUGUAUAUAAAAGUAUGUGUACAUCCUAUCUUCAGAAUUGGCACAUGUCAACGUAAGCUGCUAGUCUCAGAUGGUAUUCCUGAUUCUGUAUAUAUUAUAAAUAAGAAGGUUUUUCACAGUAGACAAAACUUUUCCUACUGACAUACCAAACAGUGCAAACAAAAUCCAAACAUGUGGCCGUACAACGCUGAACGAUUCCUUUGCCAGUUUCAAUCAAUCGCUGCUUCCAGUAUUACCACUCAGUAGAUAGGCAACUUGCGAAAAAUGCAGACUUAAACAUUACGUGUGGCUAAGUAAUUAAUCAGCAAAUUCUGAAGGUGGUUAGAAUGGGAUAAUUGAUUUGUAAUGUCCCUCUCGGUUGAAAAUGAACCAAGUGAAAACUUGCGAUACCCCCCACAAUUCAAAAGUAACUGCUAGCCUCAAAGCACUCCCUUUUUGCUGCAUUUUUUUGGACACCUUUGCCCACUCCCCUUCAGGCUAACGUAUGCUGAAGUAGCCACAUUUUUGCCAGGGGAAAAUGAGGUUUUAUUUCUAUUGGCUGCAAUUGAAAUUAUGGGUGGGAUGGCUUUGCCGUGAUACAAAAUCUGAACAUUUACCAGUAAUUAGCCUUUGGGAUUAUGUCGCUAGCCCCCCAAAAAUAUAUCACUGGUCUGGCGGGAGAAUGGGGAGGGAAGUAUAUAUCCCUUUCCUUAAUGCCAAGACCCCCAUCCGUUGCCUGCCCCUAGAACUGUUGGCCUACCUGCUCCCUCUCCGUGACGGGAACCUGGGAUAUACCCAUUCCUAAUCAAAAUGAAGAACAUAUCCCCACUGCACCCCGUAAAGCAGAAAGUAUGACCAAAGCUACUAGGUGACGCCCCUUGAGAACGCUGACAAGCGCUCUAUUGGUCGUUUGACGACAUUUGGAUUUAUUAAAGUCUCGCUAAAUUUGGACUUGUGCCCUCAACGUGUCUUAAAAUUUUCGACCAUCUUUUCCUAGGGGAAAUCUCUAGCAUGGUUGCACCUUAACAUGUGAAUUCUGAGUUAAUUGAGCAAAGCCAUAUUUUAUACUGGGUGAUUUGAGAAGUUGGAUUACAGGCAGCGUUUGUAGCAGAAGUACGGGCAUUGGAUUAUAAAGAACGGUAUUUAAUUUGAUUUUGACCUGAGAAUGCAUUUUUCGUUUUUUCCCUUAUUUUUGACAGGUGUUUUUGUUGAUAUUAGUUACGAUUGUAAUAAUUCUUAUUAAUAUGUGUCAUGUAGAUGUGUGGAAUUGUAAAUUCUGCAGUCAUAUCGCACAGUCUGUAUUAAAAUUUUGAAUGGAAGUUACAAACUUGA